AUGCAAUUCUUGGAUGUGGAAGAAUACAAUGGACAAUUCAUUAUGGACUGCUCAACAGUUAAUACGUUUCCACCGCUCAUCUUCUUUUUGGAUGAUCAGAAGUUCGAAGUGCCACCUGAGGCUUACAUUGUUGAGGUCGAUGACGGCCAAUGCAUCGUAACACUGCAACCGGGCGAUAUCGACUUCUGGAUUCUUGGUGAUAUUUUCAUCGGACAAUACUACACGGUAUUUGAUCACGCCAACAAGAGAAUUGGACUGGCACAAGCUGCUCGAACUUGA